UGCUGCAGUAGGUGUCGCAUGUAGAUGGCCUGAUUCAACCAGCGUGAAGCCACAACUCUCCGGUAAUGUGGAAAAGCUCAUUAACAUAGGGACUAUAUAAAUAACCUACAAGUUUACUAACAGGGAAAGUUAUGUUCCUACAACCAACACCACCAUGUCUGGCCAAGCCAUAGAAAAAUGUGUAAUUAAUGUUGCUGGGAAGAAGUUCUGUAUCCGGCGAUCUCUGCUCCAGAGGUUUCCAACGACAAGACUGGCAACGUUGUCAACUUCGUCAGAGGAAUAUGACAGCAGUACGGCUGAGUUCUACUUCGACAGGAACCCCAGCAUCAUGCACUGUGUGCUGGACUUGUACCGGACGGGGGAGUUCCACAUCCCUAGUAACAUGUGUACCGUGGCCAUCAGGCGGGAGAUGGAGUUCUGGGGCGUCCCCGAGGACAUGGUGGCCGACUGCUGCUGGAAGUCCUUCUCCAUCUACGUCCACGACAAGGAAGUGCAGAAGAAGAUCCAGGAGAUCUUCAAGGAAGACAUAGAUCUGAUGUAUACGAAGGAGACCUCCCUCAAACAGGUCAUCUGGCUCACAAUGGAAAACCCAGAUUACUCAUUUGUGGCUAAGAUAUGGAACAUCAUGUAUAUGAUCUUUAUCUCCGUCGCCAUCAUCGUCUUCUGUCUAUUCAAUGAGCCCAUCUUCAGGGUUAGGACCAACCAAAACAACAACGGCUCCAUCACCAACAACUCGGCGUACGACGAUACCUCGACCUUGGGGAUGUUGAUGAACACGCUCCCCAACCCCUACCUGUACGUCAUCGACAACAUCUGCCUUGUAUUCUUCACUAUAGAGAUUGUGAUUCGCCUAACAGUGUGUCCUAACAAGCCCCGGUUUUUCAAACAUCCUCUGAACAUACUCGACAUAUUUCUUAUCGCCGUUAUGUGGAUUGUGUUCAUCAUGGAUCGAUUCCCUGAAGUCACCCACGAUUCCUCUGAUAUAAAGAGAGUCGAAACCUUCUUACGACUGUGUUUUUCGUUGAGGAUUUUUAGAGUUCUACACUUCGGAAAAAGAUCCCAGACCAUGAAGAUUCUUAUUCUGACGUUCAAGUCCAGCGCCCGAGAGUUGUCGGUCCUUAUGAUUGGGCUUGGGAUGGCCGUGCUGAUCUUUGCUACAUUAGUUUUCACCACCGAGAUGGUUCUGAUGUCGCACACGUUCGACAGCAUCCACAAAGCUUUAUGGUGGGCUCUCAUUACCAUGACAACGGUGGGUUACGGAGACUAUGUCCCCAAGUCAGUUCCUGGGCAAGUGGUGGGUUCCAUCAGUGCUAUAAUAGGACUCCUCAUACUGUCUCUACCUAUUGCUAUUAUCGCCUCCAACUUCAAUGUCUAUAUCUCCAACGUCAGUGCCCGAGAACUCCGAAAGAAGCAGACUCCGAAUGCCUCGACCGAUCCCGACACCCCCCUUCCUGUGGUGGCUAACCCUGGUGAAGACCCUCCGUUGGACACAUCCCACGUGACUAGACUUGAAGUGAAGGAAAUGGAUGAGCAUAUGUAAACCGACAUGCCUCGAGUGUCAUAGAGCAACAAAUUGUUUAACACACGUAAAGAGGGAGGUUUUCGUACAAAAGAGAAAAUAUUAUUAUUGAAAAUUUGUAUGAAGUCAUCUUAGCGUGUUCUGAAUAUUGUUGACGUGCUGAAUUCUGUUUCUGUGAAAACAAUAAAGCAGCUACAGAUAUACAGUGAAGCAUAACAAGUUGUAAGAGGUACAAUGUUCUCUGGUUGUCUAGCUAUGUACAGAUCACCCGCUGCCUUCCUGGUGACGCUGUACGGACAAUAUCUCACCGUAUCUGUGCAUUACUAUGUGAAACUGUAAACGGACGCAUCACAAACACAUUGGACUGUUGUCGGAAAUUUGUAAAAAAAAAAUUCACUGCAUUUAGUGUGGGAUUGUGGAUGUCUGGUGUGUGGCAAAUAGCUUAACCAGCGCAGAUAAUAUUUGUAGCCAUGGUAACUCUGAUGUCAUAACCUGAACAUAUAUGUACAUGUCCAACAUGUACAAGGUCCACUUGCUCCCAAAGCGGCUUUAGCGCUACGACUGUCUUUUGUCUAUAAUGAAAUAUGGAAGUUGUGAUACACAUGUGAUCCAUCUGUGAUACACAUGUGAUAUAUGCGGUCUCACCUUAGGCAAGUGAGUUUGUUCAAAAUUGCCUCUGUUCACCUAACAGAAAAAAUGGGUACCCGGUGGGAUAAGCCAUGUGACUAUAACCUUCU